AUGGCUUCUUCCUGUUGUUCUAAACCUCAAAAAACAAGCACAAAACCACCAAUCAUUUGCACAUUUGUUUGUUUCCUCUUCGUAUUUUUGUCUCGGUACACGCCCGUUUGUUCCGGUUCGUCGCAAACGAACCGGACUUUCCGGCCGCUCCACGAGUUGCGGAAUAUGAAGGGAGUUACAAGUUAUUUGAGAAAGAUCAACAAGCCUGCAGUCAAGACAAUUCAGCUUUGGGUCAUUUCUGGCUCUUUUGCUAAUGAUCUCAACACAAUUGAAGCUGGUUGGCAGGUGAGCCCAGAAUUAUAUGGAGACAACUAUCCAAGGUUUUUCACAUACUGGACAACGGACGCGUAUCAAGCAACGGGAUGCUAUAAUCUACUAUGUUCGGGUUUUGUUCAAAUCAACAACAAAAUCGCAAUUGGAGCUGCAAUUUCUCCAAGGUCGUCUUACAACACGAGGCAAUAUGAUAUUGGCAUUAUGAUAUGGAAGGACCCGAAGCACGGGAACUGGUGGCUCGAGUUCGGGCCGGGCCUACUGGUCGGGUAUUGGCCCUCGUUCCUCUUUAGCCACCUACAAAGCCACGCGAGCAUGGUGCAAUUUGGCGGCGAGAUCGUGAACUCCCGGUCGGGUGGGACCCACACGUCGACCCAAAUGGGUAGCGGCCGAUUUGCGGACGAGGGCUUCGGAAAAGCCUCUUACUUUAGGAACUUGCAAGUUGUGGAUUGGGACAAUAACCUAAUACCUCCAAAUAACUUGCAUUUGUUGGCUGAUCAUCCAAAUUGUUACGAUAUUAGGGCAUGGAAAAACAAUGCAUGGGGGACUUAUUUUUACUAUGGAGGCCCGGGAAGGAACCCUAGAUGUCAAUAA